AUGAUAAUCUACACUCCUCAAUGGAAACCGAUUGGUGACUUUAAUGAAGAUUUACACAGUUCAUCUGAUUGUGCAAUCGCACCAAUCACACCUAUAUUGACAACGCUUCAGCGUAAAUCCUCUUCCUUCGCCCAUCGUCUACGAUCAUCACCAACAUCACAAUAUAGUACAACGUCAGCCAGUUCAUAUGCAUCAUUACCUACAUCAAAUCAUGAUUUGAAUGUAGUUAAAAAUAACGAUGAAAAUGAUAAUACUAUCACUGAUAACACUAAUGCUAAUAGUAAUAAUAUUAAGUAUCGUCAUGAUCGACAGGCGAUAAUACCAUCUCGUCAUUCUGCUGCUUCAUUAUCUCAACCUCAUAGAAAUAGUAUGCAUGGUGAAACAAUUUAUGAAAAAAGUGUAGAUGAUAAUUUACAUCAAAGGCGUGCUUCAGCAAUUUGUAUACCUUCCAUAAGUAACACAACACCAACAUUUUCCAAAGAAUUCAAUAACAAACAAUCUGGUGUCAUUCAAUCUGAACAUUUACCUCAAAUAAGUAAAACAAUGUCUAAAUCUCAACUUUCUACAUCCUCACCUAGAAAUGAUUCAUUACCAACUGAUUCUAAUUUAAUUCAAUCCAAUACGAAAACAAAUAAAGAUUCUGUAACUAUGCCCGGUUCAAAUUGUAAUAAUUCACGUAUAGAUAUGUUAUCAAAAUCUAAAAUUCCUUUAUUACAAUCUAAUCUAAACACUGACAAUUCAAACUAUCAACAAUUGACAGAAUUAAUUGACGUUACCGCGGAUGCUGACACCACAAAUGAUAAUAAUGAUAAUAAUAAUAGAUCUAUGUGA